GCGCGCGCUUCAGUUUUCUUUCUUAGCUGAUUUAUCAGCUUCGUCGUGUCCAACAAACAGUUCUAUUACGUUGCUAGGAAAAGUUGACGUUAUUUAUCUACGAAUUGAUGUUUGGUCCAAUUCAUGGCUUGCACCAACAGUAGGUCAGCCCUUGAUUCAGCGCUCACUUCGAACUGUACCUUUUAAAUCUCGGUGGGGGUAUGGCUGCCAUCCGUAAGAAACUGGUUAUUGUUGGUGAUGGAGCUUGUGGAAAGACGUGUUUGCUCAUUGUCUUUAGCAAAGAUCAGUUUCCCGAAGUGUAUGUGCCAACUGUCUUCGAAAACUACGUCGCUGAUAUCGAGGUGGAUGGGAAGCAAGUAGAGUUGGCGCUUUGGGAUACCGCGGGUCAAGAAGACUACGAUAGACUUCGACCUUUGUCAUAUCCCGACACUGAUGUCAUAUUAAUGUGUUUUUCAAUAGACAGCACUGACAGUCUCGAUAAUAUCACUGAGAAAUGGUAUCCUGAAGUAAAACACUUCUGUCCAAAUGUUCCGAUCAUCCUUGUGGGUAACAAACAAGAUCUGCGUAAUGAUGAGCGAGCGCAUCAUGAAUUAGCCAAAGUUCGUCAGGAAUUAGUCAAAUCCGAAGAAGGUCGCCUUGUAUGUGAUCGUAUUAAUGCUUAUGGAUAUUUAGAGUGUUCCGCUAAAACAAAAGAAGGUGUUCGUAAAGUUUUUGAAACAGCUACACGUGCUGCUUUAAAUACUAAACGUAAAAGAAAGAAAGGCUGUGAACUUGUUUAAGAAAAGAGGGGAUUUAUUUUGUUUGAAUUUUCAUUGUUGAGAGAUGAUAGAAUACUGUUGGGUUUGUUGAGCUGAUGUAAUGUACUCUGCAUAUAUAUAUAUAUAUAUAUAUAUAUAUAUAUAUAUAUAUAUAUAUAUAUAUAUAUAUAUAUAUAUAUAUAUACCAUGCUACUUGUGUACCUUUUUUAACAGUAUUCUAAUUUAUUCCUAUUUGUCUGUUUGUGUGUGCGCAAUCGUCAGUGUGUUAUUAUUAUGCUAGAGAGUUAUUCGUCUUGUACUCCAUGCAUUUACGUCCGAAAAAAACCAUUUACAUAAUUUGUUCUUAGUCUUAACGAUCAUUAAAGGACGCGUAUUUCAUUAAUGUCUACUCUUCUUUAUCCCUUAAUUAUAAAUCUGUCGUUUCUUCCUUUACUUCCUCGUCUUUGUAUUCUUUUGUAGUUGUUAUUCACCAUUUAUUUACUGGUAUAAAUAGAUAGUGAGAUUUCCAAAAUGUGUAUGGAAUGAUUCAGUAAUAAAUCAUUAUGCGUAGUUGUAUUGAAGUGAAUUAAUUGAAAUUUUUGUGCAAUAAAAAAGGAAUAUGCACUUUUUUGUGUAGUUAAUUUCGGAUGUCUCCUGGUCAGACUGUCUAUCCUUCUUAGUAUUGUAUCCUCUCAUAUUAUUUCAGUAAAGAUCCAUUUUUUAUAAGGUCUUUUUUCCUAAGAGGAGAAUCUUGAAUUUGUGCUUCUUGUUUCACAGUAUUGUGGUCUUUUAAUUUCCUGUUUGUAUGGUUAAAUGUUAUAUUCUCGGUAUUGAACAGUUAUCUUUCGCUCCAAUGCUGAAUUUUUGGUCUAGAUAAGUACAUUUGUUUAUCUGUUCGUUUUAUUUUGGAAGUAUAUGCUGAAUUCUAAAGCCUCUUUAAAGAAUAUAUACAUAUAUAUGAUUAUUUGUUAUACAAUAUCAUCUAUACAACUCCAUUGAUUUAUAAAUGCAUGUGUUACUCAACAUUAUGCCUCGGCACAUUUAUUAUAGUUUUUUCUGUCUUCUACAAAAUCUACUGCGUUUUAAAUUUACAUAAUAAAACUAAUAAAUAUUCUUGAUAUAGUCUAAUUGUUUUUAUAGAUUAUAUUACAACCUAGUGACAUGCUUGUAAUGGUGUAUCUUCUAGAUAUUUUCUAUACUUUGUACAUAAAUCGCUCUCAUGACUGUUAUUAACUAACUUCUCAACGGUGUGCGGAUCUCAUCAGAAAGGUAGUAACUAACACGAAACCUAAGUUUACUGUCAAACCCUUCCAACCGUCUAACGAAUAACUAAAAAAAGGUCAACAAUCAGACAACAUAUAGCCUAUUAACAGGCAAUGAUGACUGAAUAUGAAGUAAAUUUAGCUCUUUGGGUAGUGGCUAGGUUUUCACCUACUAUAUCAGGCAAUUAAAUAAUUAAGUCAAUACCAUUUAAAAUGAUUACCGAAGAACUGUUCAAGUACUUAUUCAUGACACUAGAGAACUUGUUUUGCUUAUUACUAUGUGCUCAUUACAAUUUCUGUGUUACGUCCUUUAUCUAUUUACCCACUAGUAUACAGUAGAUAACUUGUCUCAAUCUAUAUUAAAACAUUGACACGAUAGGCUGACCGGUUUGACCUUGAGGGUAGGAACGCGUGAGUUUGAAGCGAGACUUAUUGCCUGAUUGGUUGACAAGCGCACGAGAGAGAGAGGACAAGUCAACUGGGGCACUACACGACUUAUUCCAAUUCAGAAUUGUUUAUUUAUUUAAACACAAACAUUGGUACAAGAAUGCACCAAAUGGAUAUGCGCCACAUAAAUCAUCCGAUUUGUGUGAGGGCUGGGGUUACUGCCCGGGUGCCCAGACCGAAGCAGGUAGUUUCCUUAGAGGGCCACACCUGGAGCUUUCGACCUAAAGGUCUGAUCCACAAGGCGAUGGGCAACGUCAGGAGGUGCAGUCCCAUGGUAGUCGGUGACCAACAAUAGGCUCAUACGUCAUUUGUUCCUUCAGGAUACUGGAGCCCAUGUGCAUCAUCGGUUUGGAAUCAGGGUUUUUCAACUCCCCUGGGUGAACCCUCCGUGUCCACUGAAGCAUCUGACAUUCGCUUCUCGUCCUCUCAAUUUCAUAAAGAACACCCGCCACGAGAUGGCUGUGGUGUAUGCACGUGGUCAUGUGAGAGCGUUUCAAGAGGGAGGGCUGACUCCCGGCAGUACCAGGGCAUUUGGGGUAAAAAGAUACAUGAGUAAAUAGAUGACUAAUAUGAUCACAAGGCACGAACAAUUAGAAAAAUAUAUUUAUGUCCAAAACUGGAGUUUAAGGUAGAAAAAUAGAGUAGCAAAUGCUAUGUUUAAACUACAAUAACUUUGGAAGAAAAAAAGGUAUAGCAGUGAAUUAUACAUCAAACAAAAGCUUAUGGUUUGCAGAAUAAACGUGUUAGUGUUUUACAAGCUCUGGAUCAAGUGAAAUAACGUCCCCUGAAUUAGCUCCCGUUGCUAGUCAUGGCUUUGUUUCGCUGUUCACACCAUUCAGGAUUAUCAUGUUAAAUCUCGGUAAAGGAUGUUCUAUACUCAUCCUGUAAUUCUCGAUGCUUAUUAUGAGUAGGGCUUAAAGAUCCAUAAUCUGACCUAACUAAGCAGUAGCAGCUCUUUUUAUGAGAGCUUCCGUCUAAAUUUAAACAAAUAGUUGAGCACCAGUUUUAUGGGAAACAUUAAAAAGAAAAUCAUGUUUGGGAAAUUCUCCGAUUAGAACUGAAGAUAACUCCAGAGUUUUGUCCGGCAAUCUAGUUCGAACUGCUUUAGGAAAAUUAUCACAGAUCGACAUUGUCGAAUAUUAGUCAAGUUCACAAAGUAACUACUUAAUUAUUGUGCAUUUGUGUCAAAAUGUUUAUCUUAGAAUAUAGACUGUAUUUGUUAUCCUUUAUGUGGUGGUUGACAUCCAGUUCUUCAGAAUUAGCUUGAAGUAAGCAAUAAGAAAAAUGAAACCUGAAAGGCUUGGAGAGUCAUCCAUUUCGUAGUGUCAAAGCCAUCGUGCUACGUAAUUUGGUGCCACAAGUGAUGUAUCUAUAAGCUACCCUAGUUAUUAUCCACCUAAUGAUAAUAAAUAUUCAGAAAAUGACUAGAGAAUGUAUGUCAGUUCAUAGAUUGAUACCAAAGGAGGCGAGUUAAUCAUAAAAUAAGGGUAUAUUAUUCGAAGAAAUGUGAUUUUACGAUUUAUUCUGAUCGGAUAUUCAUCACUGAGUCGAAGUGAAGCAUAAAAUAGAAGCACAUUGUAUAAUGAAAGAUGACAUCAUUUUUCGAGUACAGUACUAUUUUCGGAAUUAACAUUGUAAUAAUCAUAAUUUUUGUAUGAACAGGAUUGUCUUUAACCUAACAAAAUAAUACUAGUUGUCCUUUUUUGGCUAGGAGGUUAAAGAAGGCAUAGAGUUAGCAAAACGGUCUAUUCAAACAAUUUUUUCUUAAUCUACUAACUGAUAAUAAGUAAAUUCAUAGCAUUCUGUAAUGACAUGUUAAACUGAGUGACUCGAUUUACAAUUAAAGUUUCUUGUGUAAUGGCUAGUGGAAUUACCAGAUUACUAAAAACCAAAAUAUUUGAAACUGAAUUUCAAGUUGAAAUUUAACACUUAAACAAUGAAUCCCUCAAACAAAAUCAAUAACCAGUUCUAGAAUGUUUAAAUAUGAGAUUUCCUACUGGAUAAUUUGACUUUAUUGCAUUAUAAAAGGUUGAUGAUAGGUAAGAAACAGUCUGAAUUCAACACAGUAUGCAUCUACUAAUCGUAAUAUUUUAACAUGUUAUAUAAGCUAGAAUAAUGAUUGUUCUCUGCAUAUUGAUUUCCUAAUUUACUAUUUGAUGAUAAAUAAUUGAGAUGAGAUACAAGAGAAGGUACAUGUCUCAUCAUCGUUUCAAUGAUGUCCUUUUAAUAAGCUUCAACGAAUACCAUAUACUAAAGAUAAACAAUAAUGUUUCACCAAUCCUCGUUACAUACUUAAUUGAUUCAUCUAAGAUUUGACCUGCAAUUAUUGUUAGUAAUAUUAUCAUAAAACGCAUUAUUAUCAUUUCAAUAGCUAAGAUAAUGAGUCAGUUGAAACUAGACCACCAUGGAAAACCUGGAAGCACUGAAUGGCCGUUUCAUACUAUUGUGGGACUCCUCAGUAGUGCGCAUCCACGAUCUCGCCCCCCGCGAGAAUACUAUUAUUUUAACUAUGACAAAUUAAAUUGAUAUUUACAAUGACCAUUCAUUGAGUAAGAUAAUAGUGUUUUUAUAUUUCCUUGGUUGAUUGAAUUCAAUUGAUUAUAAUGGUCUAAGUGUGAAUAUUUAAUUAUUGUUAGAAGCAGUUAGGAAAAAUAUUUAGAGUUAGUUUAUAUUAUUAAGAAACGUCCGAGUUUUGAAUAAUUCAGUAAUAACUAAAUUGACUGUAACAUUGAUAGAUAUAUUUGAAACGAAGAGAAAAUAUUAGCCCUCACAAGAUUAAAGGUACAUAACAGUGACUUAAAUGUAAUAACACAAAUACUUAUCAAAGAAUAGGGCCACUUAAUUAUUUAAUAGUUCAAUAAUUAUUCAACUUUGAUAAUUUGGCAAGUAUCAAUUAGUUUUGAAAUAACGUCUUGUAGUGAAUUAAUAUUUAUUGAAAACCAUUUAAACAUAAAAAAUUGAUGUAUAAGUUAUUUCUUUCUAAUUUGACGUAACUAUUACGUAUACAUUCUUGUUACAUCAAAAUCAUUGACCAAAAUGUUCUCGUAACUAAUUAUCAUAAUGCUACUUACGUAUUCACUUAUUCCUGUUACCCAUCACUAGUGUAGGAGCACAAAUCACUCACCAGCAUUCUCCUUUCAUCUCUCUCCUCUUUCAUUUCCAGUUUGUCUCAAUUGGUAUUUAUUCUUCUGUUACAUGUCUCCAAUAAAAUGUGUUCUUUGAGCUUCCUCCUUUCCUUCUACUUUCAGGUUGGCAAGUCAGGACUUGCUUCGUGAUGUAGCUUGAUGAUGUCCAUAGUGUAUGUCCCACCCACCUACAGUGUGUUUUUCGAAUUCUCUCUUCAGUUGCAAGUUGGUUUGUUCUCUCCUAUUACAGGUUGGUGCUCAUGGUAUCCAGUCAAUGGAUUUGGAGUAUCUUGUGUAAACAAUUGGUUAUAAAUACUUGUACAUUUUCGAUGAUAGUUAUAGUAGUUCUCCACAUUUCAGCUCCAUACAACAGAACUGUCUUGAUGUUCGUAUUGAAGAUUGUGACUUUGGUAUUGGUUGUCAGUUGUUUUGAAUUCCAUAUAUUCUUCAAUUGUAGGAAUGUUAUAUUUGCAUCUCCAAUCCUUGGAUUUAUAUCUGCAUCAGAUCCUCCUUGUUCAUCAAUAAUCCUGCCUAUGUAAGUGGAUGAUUCCACAUCUUCCAGAUCUUUUCCAUCAAGUGUGAUUCAGUUUGUGCUCCACCUGUAGCCCUAUCAGGAUUACUGCCAGUCCCAAACUCGGACAAAGGAGGAGGUCUGGACAUGUGGUCAGGAACCUCAUCCCAUGGGAAACAACUUUCAUAAAAAGCGCUAACCAUAAGAAAUCACUUAAACCAUUUAACUUUUUAUAAUAUAUAAGGAAAUGUGCGAGUUGAUAUUGUUUUUUGACUAAUUAUGAUUGAUCAUUUUAUCGUUGUAUUUUAUCUUCAUAGUUCACUAAUGUUGUUUAAUUCCCUGAUAAGAAUGGUAUAAGUUUUCGGAUUGUACAAUUUUCGGUUAUAUACUCACUAUGAUUAUACAUAAGUUCUGUUUACUUAUUUAUUGGUUAUAAAUUAACUUUGUUGACAUAAAUAACAUAACUGUCAUAAACCAUCUGUCAUACAUUAAUCGGUCUCUUUUUCUCUGCACUAUUCUUUAACUCUCUUCUGGAUUAAAACAAAUUAUAGGGAUGAUAUGAAUUUGGUUUCCUGUUUAAAAUGUCAGCGAAAUAUCAUGUUUUAUACAAAUUGUGGUUUAUUUUCUCGACUUUUUGUUUCAAUUUAUUUAAUCAAAAAACACAAACUCAUCAUUCUUCCCUCAGAAGAAGUAAUAAAGUUCUCAAGUACUCACG